AUGUCAAGCUUUGAACCUUCCAAUAUGGAGGCCAGUAGUAGUCUGAACCCUGAUGAAGAUUUAGAAGAUAAAGAAGUGACUGUAUCUAGCUCUGAAGACUCAAUUAAAUCAAAUAAAAAUGAAAAUAAUCAUGAUCCAAAGAAACAAACCUGGAAAAAAGUGUUUAUUCUUUCAUUUUCAUCAUUAGGUGCAAUUUAUGGUGAUCUUGGUACUUCUCCAUUGUAUGUCCUUAAUUCAAUUAAAUAUAAACAUACACCCCCCAAUAAGGAAGAUUUGUAUGGUGGAAUUUCCCUUAUUUUCUAUUUAUUCACUAUAAUUGUGAUUAUCAAAUACAUUUGUAUUGUUUUAUUUAUUGGUCCUAUUAAUGGUGAAGGCGGUCAGGUUGCAAUUUAUGCUAAAAUUGCCAGAUAUAUUAAAAUUGGACCAAAGGGAGUUCAUAUUCCUGGUGAACCUGAAGUUUCUGAUAUGGAAUUGAUUAAAAGACAAGAUUCUAUUUCUCCUUUCAUGGCAACUUCAACUGGUCUUAGUUCUAGAUUAAAACAAAUCAGAGAUAGUCCGCUAGUAACCAAAAUCAUUCAAGUAUUUAUUUUACUCAAUUGUUUUAUUGGUUGUUCAUUAGUAUUUUCCGAUGGAUUGUUGACACCAACAACUUCAGUAUUAAGUGCUAUUGGGGGUAUUAAAAUCGCUGAUCCAACCUUUGAUAAUGUAUUAGCAGUUUCUGAAAUUAUCUUAGUGGCAUUAUUUGUCAUUCAACAAUUUGGGUCUAACAGAAUCUCAUUUUUAUUUGCACCCAUAAUUUUCAUUUGGAUAAUUGGGUUAAUCAUAUGUGGGAUUUAUAAUAUCGCCAAACAUGAUCCUGGUAUAUUUAAAGCAUUAUCACCUUACUAUGCUAUAAAGCUAUUGCAAAAUGAAGGUAUAAAUGUUUUAGGUGGGGCCAUGUUAUCAAUCACUGGUACAGAGGCUAUGUUUGCUGAUAUUGGUCAUUUUGGUAGAUUACCAAUUCAAAUAACAUUAACUUUCUUUGUGUAUCCUGCUUUAAUUAUUUGUUAUUUAGGUCAAGGUGCUUAUGUUGUAAAGAAUCCUGAAGCUUAUGUUAAUCCUUUUUUCUUUUCAAUUCCAAGUGGGACUAGUGGUGUUCCAUUUUGGAUAAUGUUUGUAUUAGCAACUUUAUCAACUAUUAUUGCCAGUCAAGCGUUGAUUUUAUCAGUAUUUUCCAUUGUAACUCAAUUGAUUGCCUUAGAUUGUUUUCCAAAAUUAAGAGUGGUUCAUACUUCAAUGCAUCAUGAAGGUAAUGUUUAUAUUCCAACUAUAAAUUGGCUAUUAAUGAUCGGAGUGUGUUUGACCACAGCAGGUUUUCAAACUUCAGCUAAUGUAACUUCGGCAUUUGGUUUAGGUAUUACAUUAGAUUUUCUUGUUACAUCCUUGUUAAUUGCCCUUUGUAUGUUUUAUGUAUACAGUUGGAAUAUCAUAUGGCCGAUUAUAUACUUAUUAUUCUUUUUACCAUUGGAAUUUUGUUUGAUUAUUGCUAAUAUGAGUAAAGUUAUUCAUGGAGCUUGGUUCCCAUUAAUGAUGACAGCUUUGAAUACGAUAUUCUUAUCAGUUUGGAGGUACGGUAGAUCAAGGAAAGUUAAUCAAGAAUUCGCCACUAGAGUUAAAAUUAAAGAUUUAUAUCCAAAUUAUGUUGUAUCACUAGAUUUAGGUCAUAGAAAUAAUAGUCAAAGUGAUAUAACUCAAGUGGUUCAACCUAGAGCUAUGGAUAAGAUUAAAACCAGAAAUGGAGAGACGACUUUAAAUAGAGGGGAAGGAAUUGCCAUUAUGUAUAAUGAUUCAUCAAUGCAAAACAUGAAUUCUCCUAACACGGUGCCAUUAAUUUAUGCCAAAUUAAUUCAAAAUUUUUCAUGUAUACCAGCAUAUUUUAUAUUUUGCUCAAUGAGAGUAUUAUCAAUACCUCAUGUGGAAGAAGAUGAGAGGGUGAUGAUCUCAUCUAUGAAAAUCCCAGGUCAUUAUAGAUGUAUUUUAAGAUUUGGAUUUAUGGAACUUGAGAAAAUCGAUCAAGCUUUGAUUGAAAGAAUUGUAAGUUCAAUACCUGAAUCAACACAAUUAGCCAGAAAGUAUACUAUAUCGGUGAAUUCUGUAAAUGCUCCACCUCAUCCUGAAGUGAAGAAUAUUCCCAUAUUGCAUGUGUUCGAAAGCAAUCUUAUCAGAAGUCGUAUAUAUGGUGUUGAAGAUAAGACCAAGAAUCCAUUUAAAUGGAUAUGGAGAAUAAUAAGACAAGUGAUAAUAAAUUAUAUUUUUGGUCCAAUAAGUUCAGUUACACAAGGAAAUGGCCAAUUUGUUAAUUUAGAAACACAAGAAGAUGAAUCCACCAAGAAGAUCUUCAUUGGUGGAGUUUCAAGAAUAUAGUUAAAUUAUAGGGGUGUAUAGAUUGAAUUUAACAUUUUUUUGCAAUAAUUGAUAGAGCUCUGUAUAUUAAAAUUUAAAAUCGACGGUCGUGGACUCUCAAAGAAUAUUCGAGAACAAAAAAAAAGUUUGGGGCAUGAAAACGUAUA